AUGUUAAUCAAGAACUUCAUUUGGGAUCUCCAAAGGUACGUCAACUCCAACAUUAUAUCUGAAGAAGAAAGUAUUUGUGAGAAGCUUAUCCCUCACUGGCAAUGCAAAGACUUGGUGGAGACUCUGAAUGGAAGACUUCUCAAGGCCACUAGUCACUAACUAAGAGGGAUUCAUGUAGGAAAUUUGAGAUCAAUUCUACCCGUCAAACUCGGGCCAAGCUACUUGGACCGUGAUGAGGCAACUCAAACAUGCCAAGUCUAUCUGAGAAUAUGUGAAAAAAUUCUCUAUGUUGGUACUAGAAGUACUUUGGAUGGAUGAGGAAGACAAGCUUCACUAUUUCAUAGAAGAACUCUAG